CAGGGUUCGGAGAGAGGGAGCUCCGCUCUGCCGUGUCCCUGAGGAGAAUGGGGUGCGGGGUACAGGGUCUGGGUACAGCGGGACUCAGGAGCCUGCGGUUAACAAAGUACUGCGACCUUCAGCACCUUGGGCUUUGAGCACUGCAGAAUGGAGAACUAUAAGAAGACCAAAAUUGUGGAGAAACCUUGUCCUCUUCCUUUCACUGACCUGCCUGCUGAUAUUACUGAAAUGAAGGUGAAGGAUGGGAGCAAGAUUAGGAAUCUGAUGGGCUAUGCUAUGAGCAAGAUGGAGCAGGACUCAGUGAGGCAGAUUCUUUUCACUGGCUCGGGCAAGGCUGUCAGCAAGACCAUCACCUGUGUGGAAAUCAUGAAACGAAGGCUCAAGGAGCUGCACCAGAUCACCAAAGUGCUCUUCAAACAGAUUGAAGAAAUCUGGGAGCCCAUUGUGCCUGAGGCAGGCCUCGAUGCCUUGACAGUGAAGAGAAACAUUCCUGCCAUAUGUGUCCUACUGAGCAAAGAUGCCCUGGAUCCUCAGGAGCCGGGGUACCAGGCUCCAGGAUCUUUUGAUGUCUUCUGGACUGAGACACUGAAAGCAGAAUCACAGGGCCAGAUGAAGAGGAAGCAGGGUGGAGGCCGGGGAGCUGGCAGCACAGGGAAGCACCCUCGCUCCACCGGGGGAAUGCCGGGGGGGCCUUGAGGCGGCAGCUCUGCGUGUGGUUCAGGGGAGCUGCAGAAACCAGCCUGGGGCUGUGGCUGCACAGCUGCUGCUGAACACGGGGGCUCACAGAAGUGUGAGGGGAGGGCAGGAGGAGUGGACUGUUAUAACUGGGUGUGAUUGUAGCUGUCUGAAAAUGUGUUUUGACAAGUUCCCUUGCCAGAGGCUGCCAGGCUGUACUCCAUAGGGGUUUGUGGAAGACAGAAAUUGCCUCUGCUUGAGCAAGAACUGUUGGUGUGCUGUCAGUGAGCCCCAGCAAAGGGCUGCUAGCCCAGCAAGGUUUCAGGUGCCCAGGGGUGCAGCAGCCCAGGCAGUGAGACAGACACGUGCCUGUGUGCCAGAUGCAGGUUGCUCUGACCAAUACAAAGGAGAGACAGGACCUGAUGUGAAAUCACCAGACAGGUGCCAGCACUGCCCAAGCUCAUGAGCAGACAACAGGGCACAGGGCUGGGUCAGCCAUUUCUGUGCCUGAAGAGUCCUUCUGCUGAGCCUGUCAGGGAGGUUGAAUGUAGGACUGCCAGGCUACAGCUCUGUCUGGCAUCAUGUGCACUUAGCUCCCUUUGGCUCGGCGGAGUUGGUGGUCAUGGCUCUCUCUCCAAACAGGCAGCAGUCAACUCAUGUUGUAAGCAGCCUGAAAUCUUGUGGCUCUGUGGCUGUCCUGGGGUGGUGGUAAUAGGAAGCUCCAAGAGAUCCUGUUCUUUCCCCUUUAUGCUCCUUGAUAAUGCACAAAGAUGACUUUAAAAUAAAGGUGUAACUUCAUGUAACUUGGAAA